AUGCCCCCCCCCCCCCCCCAACCACCACCUCCGCCUCCUGUGGCUGGCGGCCCUCCUCCUCCAUCUCCGCCCCCUGCAGUUGGCGGAUUACCCAAGGCCAGUAAUCUACCGAGCAGAGCGCCAAAAGCAGUUGUGCAAGACCGGGGAGCUCUUCUCUCAGAUAUCUCGAAAGGCACCCGCCUUAAGAAAGCCGUAACGAAUGAUAGAUCUGCCCCUAUGAUUGGGAAGUCGUCCGGAGCAUCUAGUGGCCCUCCUAUCGGCGGAGCACCUCCCGUACCUGCCGGGAUGCCUAGACCCUCGGUUGGCCUAGCACCGCCAGUCUCGGGUGGAAACCGAUUGCGGAGUAAUAGCGACGAAGGGCGUAGAGUAGUUCCUACUGGUAGUGGUGGUGACGAAUCUGGGAUAAUUUCUUCAGCACCUCAAAUAGGUGGAUUAUUUGCUGGCGGCAUGCCAAAGCUGAAGAAGCGUGCGCCCCCACCUAUACCACAAACAGCUGCUCCAUCCGCGCCUCCACCACCACCCCCAACAUCAUCCCUUCCCUCAUUAUCAUCGGCGCGAACAUCGUCCUUACUGUCGACUCCCUUCACUUCACGUCCAUCCUCCUACGCAGACCAACAUCAAGCACCUCAACAGCAACAGCAAACUGUCCACUCAUUACUGGACCCAAGUAACUACACGCUCACAAAUGGCGGUCCAUCACCACGACCUAAUUCCCAAGCUAAUUCCACCAGAAAUUCUUCUCAACGAGUUCUCAUAGAGGAUUCGAGAUUCAAAUUCCAAAACGAGUCACUAUUUCCGAAACCCAGGGAGUUCCGUGGUGGCCAGAAACUGUAUAGAGCUGGUAGGGGCAGUAGCGUUCCGUUGGAUCUUUCGGCGCUGAGUUGA